AUGCGCACCCAUAUCGUUUCUCACCUCGACGCCAAGCAUCUUUUCCCUAUCCUUGCUACCCUCUCUAUCUUGCAGGCUCCGCCGUCCUAUGGCCAAAGCACCUCUGAAUCCAUUGGAUUGCGUUCUCGAGAAGAUGCCCCGAGCUUCUCCGCCGAUGUCCCAAACCGAAAAGACUGUAGUACUACCACAGCCUCGCAACCUCCCAGGUUCUCCCGCGCGACGAACUUCCUGUACCGGUCGAGCGAGGGCGGGAUGCUGGCAGGAGCGUUCGCGAUCGACCCCUCGAUGCACAUUCCCGCCUUCCUGCUUCCUCCUCUCCCUCCAGGGAGGGAAGAGAGCGAGCGGCGGAAUUUGAGGCUUGUUUCGCGGUGCGGGGGUGUGAACGUCGAUGUACUGCUUUUGGCGCCGGGGCAGGAGUCCACAAACGGACAGUUGCCUGCAUCCACCAUGGCCUCCGAGCAGCCAGCUGGACGACGCGCGUGGUUGGAGGUCGUGUCGGAGUACGGGGAUGUCAGCGUAAACAUGAACACAGAACCAGAUGCAGGAAUAUAUUUUCUCAAAGUUUUAGCUUCUGAUGGGUUCGUGUCCGUCACCCUCCCCCGCACGUUCCGGGGGCUAGUCCGCCUCGGCACGGCGAACGGGUCUGCAUCGCUCGGCGAAGCGCUGAUGGGCGAAUGCACGCCCCUGAGUGACGCAGCCAGCUAUCACAGGUGGUUCGUCGGUGGUCUCUCUGCCGAUUCUGGAACUCUGCUCAAUAACGAUGCCAGUCGCAAUGGCGACGAAGGCGGAAAGGUUCGUGAAGUGAGGAUGACAAAGGGAUGGCAGGGGAACGAAGUCGCAGUGUUUGUCAGGAACGGCAGGAUACUUGUAAGGUAUGCGGACGAAGCUGCGCUGGUUUUAUCGCGGAGACCAAGUGCUGCUGCAAACAAAUCCAAGGGACUUUGGGAAAGGAUCCGUCAGGUGGUGAUGAAGACGCGAGGUGAGCUGGUUUUUAGCGCAUGA